GAAGGAAUGGACUGCUGAGUGGAACCUUUCCUCCUAUCGCUUCUUAUAACAGGGGGAUUGAAGCCGAAGGCAGUUAAUCAAAAUGCCUGAGGAGAUGGCGGAUGGUGGGAGGAAGCUUGUAACGCUCGACGACCUCAUCGAUGCCCUGGAUAAGCGCGAGAGGGCGCCGAGCAAUGUCCCGAAGGUUGAUACUUUCCACUUCAAGGGAGAACGGGUGUCUGACUGGCUGGACCUGACGGAGCAAGCACUGGUGGGGCUGUCGGACAAGGUCAAGCUCCAGGACAUGAUGCAGAGAAAGUACAGGUUGGGGGAUGGGUUGCUGACCAUGGCGGACUUGGAAGCCAUGAACAAGGAUGACUUCUCCACGAUUGGGGCGUUUGUGCACGAGUUUAAAAGGAAGGUGCGGAAGGUGCACGGGAUCUCCAAAGAAACCCAGUGUGCCAUAUUUUUGGGUCUGCUUACUGGCUCGGAGGCCUCAGAGCUGACGGGUCACGGAGGGGGAAAUGAGAAACUCACCUGGGCCACUAUCGACAAAGGGGUGGAAGAGGGGAGCCUGGACCAGGUGGAGCAGCACCAGGUGCGGCUGCAAAGGCGCAAGAGAAAGGAAAGGGACGCCACCGCGUCCGGGAUCCCAAGGGUGAAGAGGAUCAUCACGGACGUAUUGGCAGCGCUGAGGUAUGAUAAUGAGGCGGAACUGCAAAAGAGGGGAAUGACCGUAGCCCAACGCCGGGCGUCGGGGGCAGUGGAAGAGGAGGCUAGGCGCGAGGACUAUGGCGGAGAAGAGACGGGCUCCCAGAUCCUAACCAAGGCCCAGAGAAAGCAGCGGAAUUUACAAGUGGGGGGUCAAGGAUCCGGAAAAGGGCAGGUCCCGCAAGCGAUUGCAGCGCCGCCACCUGUUGCCACGACAACGUCAGCGACGGUUGGACCGUCAUGUAUGGGGCCGCCGCCGGCUUGUGGGCAUUGGGUUUCGCACUGUCAGCCUACAUCCUGGCCCAGUUGUAAUCACUGCACCUCGUGCGGGGGUAGUCAAACCCAGCCAGGGAAAAUGGUCCCUUAUGCGGGCUCACCGGCAAGUAUGGGGCCCCCGAACUACCCUGCGGCCCAGGGUCAGUUUGUGGCCCAACCACCUCCCUCCCAACAGGCCUCGCAGGUCAGCGUGGCCGGGGGAGGAAACCAAGGACAAGGCGGACAAGGCAAUGGAGGCCGAAGUCAAGGGGGUCGAGGAGGUGGUGGCCGGGGCCGAGGAGGAAAUGGUGGGGAUCGCGGAGGUGGUUGGAAUGAUCAAAGGGGCCAGGACCAAGGUGGUCGAGGCAGCCAGGGAGGGGGCCAAGGGUAUGGGAGGCCCCGCUUUGAUUGGCGAAAUGCCACCUACUGGCAUUGUGGCGAUGUAGGCCACACGGUGCGGUUCUGCGAGCGGCGGCGGGAGGAUGAAUUGUCAGGGUUAAUCUCCUAUUGUAUGGACGAGGACAUAAAUGAUAAGUGGGGUGAGCAUAUUGACCCCAGGACCCCGGGAGGAAUCAGGCAAGAGGAUCUCCGGCGAGCAGCAGUAGGGCCCACAGCACCCCCAGCGAUGUUUAGGAUGUGGCAAGAGAAGGAAGAGCCGACCGUAAGGGUCGAGGAGAUUAUGGGGGAUAACGAGGAGGUCAACCAGCGGCUAAAGGCAGGGGCUAUAAGGGAGGAGCCAAUAGUCGUCGAAUCGGAUGAUGAGGGGCAGGAAGGCGAAGGAGAGCCGGCUACACUCCUCCUGGGAAGGAUGAAAGAUCUGCUGGAAAAGAAGUGCACUGGGAUGGUGGACACGGGCGCAGAAAUGAAUAUCAUCAGAGAGAAGGAGGCGGUGAUGAUAGGCAUGGAGAUCGACCGCUCGGACCAUGGCAUGCUGCAUGGCGCCAACUGCAAGGCCGCUUUUUGCGGCACGGCGUCUAAUGUGAUUAUAGAGAUUGGGAAGGUGCGAGCCAGGACGUGCUUUUUCGUCAUGCCCGAUGUCGAUCAUCCCAUCCUUCUGGGAAGGUCGUUCCUGUGUCGAACGGAGAUGUUGAUUUUUAAUAAGCACGACGGGACAAUGAUCCUGCUCCUAUGCGACCCAGCGUGCGGGAACUACGAAGUUGUCACUUGCCGAAACACGGGGCCGAGGAGCGGGAGGAAUAGGCCCAAUCUCGGGUCAUUCAUCUUCGAGGAAUCAGAGAACGAGCGAAGACGGCUUUGGGAAGUGCCCGAGGAGGAAGAUAAGGCUGAGGUGUUGACACUGAGCCUCACAGAUGUGAACAAGGCAAUGGAGGAGGUAUCGGCUCACGACAUGGCAGAUCCGGAGGCCAUUAGUAAGGCAUUGAGGGAACAGGUUUUUGAGAACCCUCAGGUGGGGGAGGUGGAGUUGGUAUUUUGGAGGAGCUUCGUGAAGGACUUUGCCACGAAGACGGAGCAUUUAAGGAAGUUGGUGCGCCAGGAUCAAGAAUGGGUCUGGGGUGAAGACCAGGAAGAGGCGGUCGGUAGGAUGAAAGGAGAGUUUAAGGAAGGAGGUUUGGUAUUGGGAGCGCCAAACUAUGAGGCCACGGAGGAAAGACCAUUCGUCAUUGAGACGGACGCUGGGCCAACUGCCCUGGGAGGAGUCCUGAUUCAGGCAGAUACUGAGGGGAAGGAGAGGCCGCUAAGAUUCGAAAGUCGCACCCUCAAUACAACUGAGAGGAACUACUCUCAGUUCAAGAAGGAAACGUUGGCGGUACUUCAUUGCCUAAGGACCUUCCGGAACUAUGUUUUUGGCAGGAGGCUCAUCCUGAGGGUGGACCCUAGUGCACUUGCAUGUUCCCUGAAGAAUUAUACUCCAUCUGACCCAACCGUCGCAAGAUGGUUGACCUAUAUUUGGAUGUUUAAUUUCAAGCUGGAAAGGAUUUCAGGGAACAAGAAAAGGGCAGAUGGGUUAAGCCGCAUCAACUGGGACGGAUCGGAUGAGGAAUCGAUAGAAGACACGCCGCCAGUUGAUGGGUUUUUUUAUCAAGAGGAGGACGUCCGCCUGCACAUAAACGAAUGGUCUCUGCGAGUGCCCAGUUGCGUCAGUCACCCCAUAUGGCUGGCGCUAAAGGGGUACGAGCAGAAGGAAGAGUUAGUCCUCAAGCCCUUUGAGGAGGAGGAUCCGUGGGGAAGUAAAGAUGUUGGUUGGAUGAUGAAGUUGGCGUUGGCAGGUACGCACAGUCUGGUGGAGGAAGUGAGGGCAAUAGAGGAAGGCCUCACUCAGGUAGAGGAGCAUGACCAGCUAAUGGGAGGGAUGUACCUGCUCACCAAUACGCUCCUACAAGGAGACUUUGACCGGAAGGGCUCGUUCAGUCAUGCAGAAGGUGAGAUUUUGGUUCCUGAAAGCCGGGACGACGAAUUCGAGGAAGGAGAAAUCAAGGAGGCGUUUCGGGCAGAGGAGUACGAUGGGAUCUACCGGGAAUUGGGGUUGCUCCUAUCAUGUGAGAUGAGGGAUAGAGAUGCAAGUGCCAAGGCACAGAAGAUGAGGCACCUUUAUGUGGUGGAGCCAGAGGGGGGCGAGAAGGCGGGGGCACCUACUACUGUGGCGCCGCAACUAACUGAGUCUACAGGUGCACGCAUGGAUGUGGAGGUGCUGACAUCCGGGGAACCUCCGCCAGGACCGCCACCCGCAGAGGAGGGGACAAAUGAGGGAGAUCCAUUGCGAGAGGGUCACGAGGCGAGGAUAGGGAGGCCACCGGGGGAGACGAAAGAAGAGAAGCGUGCAAGGGUGCAGGGGAGUGCAAGAUUGGACGAGGCACGAGAGACUGAGGACAUGGGAUUUUCAGCCGCCAGGAUGGAGAUGGAGCGUACAGACAGGAGGAUAGAGAACCAGGCGUGGAGGAACCGCAUGGAAGCCAAGGAGGCGGAGUGGGAGAAGAGGCUUCAGGACAUGGCGGCGAUAGUAGAAAGGCUCUCGACCACUAAGGCGGUCGACUGGACGGAGCAGAGUCGGUAUGGUAUCCAGGGGAAGAAGGUACAGGGGCUCUUUGGCCAGGAAGGAACGACGGAGACGCCACAGCAAGAGGGAAUGGCGAAGGUAUUCCUGGACCCAGCAGAGGCGGCAGCGAGGCGGGAGGCCAAGGAGAGGAGGUUCAGCUUCAGGACUCCCACGGAGUUGGCCUCACAGUAGGCCACCCCUAUGACGAUUGGGAUCCCUGAAGGCGAGCCGGUGCAGGGCCCCCAAC